AUGUUUGCCGUUCGCUUCUCCGUCCGACGCAUUACUUCCUCUUGGCUACCUCGAGCCAGUCAACUACGAUCGAUUUCCGACUUCCACGUUCCUCGCCCUGCCAAUGCUCCGAUCCCCGCAAUAAUGCAGAACACUCCCAGGAAACACUUCGCCGGCAAGCAGCGCAAGAAGGCCAAGAUCGAGAAGAAUAAGAGCAGUGGACACGAUGAGGUCCUCCUCGCCGACAUCAACAACCUUCUUAAGCGCAGUCAAUCCGAACAGGACGAAACCAAUGGCGAGGAUGCGCCCCAGGCUAUUCCCGAGAAAUUCACUGAAAUGGAUGUGAAGAUUUCUGAGCUUUCCUCGACCGGCGAUGGUCUAGCACUUUCAGAAAACGGAAAAUAUGUUUAUGUGGUUCCGUUCACAGUCCCGGGCGACACUGUGCGGGUCAAAGUGGUGAGGCAUUUCGAGUCGUUGUCAUACAGUUUGACCGAUUUCGUGAAAGUGAUUGAAGCCGGCCCCCAGAGAAAUGAUGCGCUCAUUAAUUGCAAAUACUUCGGAGAGUGUUCUGGUUGUCAGCUCCAGAUGAUGUCUUACGAUGACCAGCUAGCUCACAAGCGGCGCAUCGUGGAGAAAGCCUUUGCUAAUUUCUCUGGGCUGAUCCCAGAGCUUGUGCCCACAAUCGGAGAGACAUUCGCCUCGCCAAUGCAGUUUGGAUACCGCACGAAGCUCACACCGCAUUUCGAAAAUGGCGGCGGCCGCAAGGCCAAGAAUCAUAACGAAGAGGAGGAGGUCAAAGUUCCACCUAUUGGAUUUACAUACAAGAACCGACGCCUUGAUAUGGAUAUCGAGGAUUGCCCUCUGGGAACAGACAUUGUGCGGCGUGGUCUCACUAGUGAGCGGAAACGAGUUGCAGAGAACAUCCGUUCUUACAAGAGAGGUGCGACUCUUCUGAUGCGAGAGUCAACCACACGAGUGCCCAAGGAGUCGGCAACUACUUCCGACGGCGAAGCACCCAAGGCCAGCCCGAUCGUCCCAACACCAGGAGCAGACACGGGCGACGUGAUCCGCAUCGAGCACGAGAACUAUAUCGAGGAGAAGCGCUGCAUCACAGACAACAAUGCCACAAUGGUCGAGUACGUCGACGACUACAUCUUCAGCAACAAGGCAGGCGCCUUCUUCCAAAACAACAACUCAAUCCUGUCCGGCUUCACCGAGUUCAUCCGCUCCCAAGCCAUCCCCGCAGGCAACGACAAAGACCCACGCCCGAUCAAGUACCUCCUGGAUGCCUAUUCCGGCUCUGGUCUAUUCACCAUCACACUCUCCCCCCUCUUCAAAUCCAGUCUCGGUGUCGACGUAGCCGGCGAUUCCAUUAACUCAGCACGCGACAACGCCCGCGCAAACGAGCUCCCUAACACGGGCUUCGCUGCCGCUGAUGCCGCUGUUCUCUUCAAGGAUGUCCCUUACCCUGCCGAUCAGACUUUGCUCGUCAUUGACCCGCCUCGCAAGGGUUGCUCGGAUGACUUCUUGCGCCAGAUGCUUGACUUCAAACCCCGUCGUGUUGUUUACGUCAGUUGCAAUGUUCACACCCAGGCUCGCGAUGUGGCUGUCAUGGUUCAGGGUGAUGAGAAGAAGAAUGUGCGCUAUGAGAUCGAAAGUAUUCGUGGCUUUGACUUCUUCCCUCAGACCGGACAUGUGGAAGGUGUGGCUAUUUUGAAUCGCACUUCUUUCCCUCAGGCGGAGACUGCUCCUCAGACGGAAACUGCUUAA